GAUACAUUUCAAGAGCUGUUCCAGGUAUGAUAUUUGAAUCUAUUUGAAUUUAUGCAUUCUCCUUUUAUUUUUAAAACUUUAAGCAAAAGGUUUCGUAGACUGAAUAAUCUAUUUGGGUGAUAGUAGUGAAAGACAUGAUGUAUGCUGUGAAUUUGACAGAUAAAUAAAUGGUUGCACAUUUAAUAUUUUCUUUGCAUCAUGCCAAAACGUCAUUGUCGCACUGGCGUCUCGAGGUACUCUUUUCAUAAAUUUAUGUUAUGGGUCACUGAAAAUUAAUCAAAAAGUAAUGUCGUCAUGUGGGUAAUAAAAAGAAUUAUAUUCAGAAGAAAUUUGACGAACAUUUUUCCCAAUCAAAAAUACUACUUUCCACCUAGUAUUAACUUACGAUCCAUUUCAAACAAAGCAAAAAAUAUUAAAAAUGUCAGCAAUUUUACAACUAUUGAGAAGAGUUUCCGCGAUAAUAAAGACUAUAUUCGAAAGGAAACCAUUGAUAAGAAGAGUGCCAAACCGCAGAAUAUUAGAUUAGCACUACUGGGAUUUUCAGUUACACUUCUGGGUGCUUAUCUUUUGAUAGAACUGAACAAUACGACUGGUGAAAACCGCUUAUCUUCUUGGAAAAGUUAUUUACGGCAAUUGUUGAAGCAAAUUGAAGAUGUUACUGUUUUUAUCAAGGAACCAUCCAGAGAAAAACUUUUGCCUGACCCAGUAGAAUAUCCUUUUUACCAGCCCCCCUACACACUUAUUUUAGAAUUUACAGACGUUUUAGCUCAUCCAGAUUGGACAUACAGCACUGGAUGGAGGUUUAAAAAACGUCCUGGUUUAGAAUAUAUGUUAGAUAAUCUCGUUGGUUUAUAUGAAAUUGUUGUAUUCACUGCCCAACCAGGCAUGACUAUUUUCCCAGUUAUUGAAGCCCUAGACCCAAAAAACUUAAUUUCUUACAAGUUAGUAAGAGAUUCAACUCAUUUUGUGGAUGGACAUCAUGUCAAAAAUCUUGAAAAACUCAACAGAGAUCUGAAAAAAGUAAUUGUCGUCGAUUGGAAUUCUGAAUCUGUUAAAUUUCAUCCUGAUAAUCACUUGAACAUUCCCAGAUGGAAGGGGGAAAAUGAAGAUAUGGUGCUUGUCGAUCUAACUUCAUUUUUGAUGACCAUCGCUCAAACGGAGAUUGAAGAUGUUAGAGAAGUUUUAAGAUUUUAUAAACAGUAUGAAGAUCCUCUGAAGGAAUUUCGUAUCAAACAGAGGGAAUAUUUAGAAAAUAAAGAAAAUGAACAGACUCAGAAACCACAAACACAACCAAAGCCUGGUUCUACUUUUAAUUAUACGGGCAUCAAAUCAAUGUUUUAGAAUAACUAUUGUUAAUAAAAGAAAGUCAGGGUUUCAUUAUUUGAAAUAAAAAUUUAAGUUGUACUUAUUUAUUUAUUUUUAUUGUUAGAUUAACACUUACCCAGUGGUUUUUAGAAUUUAAAAUAAAGUUG